CGGAGGAAGGAGCUCCUGAACCUAGUUAUGCCAAUACAGAAAUCACCUCAAAAUCAUGUGAAUAUUGCAGCUGGAUCUCAGAAUACUCGAACCUCCAUUGAAGUGGGAUUACCAUCAUCCUCCUCGCCACAACAGCCCCCAGCCCAUAUAUCUAAACUUGAGAAAAGGUUUAGAUUUGGGAAGCCUUUAGAUGCCCUAGAAAAUAAGGAAAAUAAUCGAGUUAGUUAUGAAAAUCUACAUAUGGACCAUAUAGCAGCCCUUAUUGCUGAAGGUUAUGCUCAGAAUGAAGUCAUCAGAGCUCUGGGAAUAGCAAGGAAUGACCUACAGAUGGCAAGGGAUAUUCUACAUGAAUUUGUCACCAAGCGGAAAUGAAAGUUUGCAUAGAUAUUUGGAUUUAUAAACCUAGUCAAGACUUUCCAAGUUAAACAUACCAUUGAGAGCACAAUGGAUGAAAGUUUGACUUUGGAAGUUAAAGGAACACAUACUGAAUAACAGAUCUUGCUCAAAAAUUAUGAAAAAGCAGAUUUGAUUUUAUGCAAACUUCUUGAGUCAUGCAUAUAUAGUGCAAAAGAAGCCAAAGGUUCAGGCCUCAUCGUCUUCAGCUGCUCAGACUCAAGGGUCUGGUAUGUUAUGCACAAGUAUUUGAGAUAAGGUACAAAAAAAAUUCUUGUGCUGCUGACUGCUCAAAUUGCUUAAAAGUUGCAGUUGGCGGGCCAAUUGCAGUUUAUUCAUAUUUGAUACUACCAUAUGCAAUGAAGUGAGUGUAAGGUGCAUGUGGAGCCGGUUUUCUCCAUGUGGCGUGCUCUCUACUCAUUUUUUGGAUUUAAGUGCAUGCUCCAGAUAAUUAUCAAUAUACUAUAAACCAAUUUUUAUUCUUCAUCUUUCAAUGCAUUCGACUUUUACAGCGAAAUUGAGUGCUGUAUUGCCAGCACAAAUAUUCAAGAUAAGUGAUAUCUUUGUUAGAGAAUUGCGCUUUAAGCCUUCGAGUCCUACUAAAUGUAACUGGUGCCUACAUAAAAGUGGCAGACAUAUAUGGUGUGGUUAUCAUAAAAUAUUUUUUUACAAAAAAUCUUCAAAACACAUAAGAAAGCAUACUGAGAAUUGACUCUUGUUUCUUAUGAAUUGUGUUUAAUAAGUUUUAGUUCAUUUAUGUGUCGCAUGACUACAAAAAUGUGUUUAAAAUAAUCAUAUUUAAAGUAUUUUAAGGGGGGGGUUUAGAUGUAAAUUCUAAUCAGUAAUUUAUAUUUCAGUUAUGUUAAUUUUAUCUGUGAUGUUUUUGAAGAAAAUAUUUUAAUAUUGCACAUACUGAAUGAGUCAUUUGGUAAGGUAUGUAUGUGAAAACAAUUCUGCAUUGCUUGAUUGUAAGUUAUGUCAUAAAUUUAUGGCACUGCUUUUUUCUUCCCUGUAAGUAUUUGCUCCUUUGUGUUUUAUGUUUGUGCUGUAAUAUUUAAUAAUGUAAAGAAAUUAUUUUUCUUAAAAGUAAGAUAUUACUAAUUGUUUUGUAAUUUAAAUUUUUUUAUAUUGCUUACUUUUUCAAAGCUUUUAUCUGUGUGAACAGUCAAUUUAUGUGUUUUAUUUAUUGCAAGUAAAUGUUUAUUUGUAACUAAUCAAAAAUCAAAGAACUGAGUAUUGUUAUAAACUAUAUUAUACCAGAUAAAUAUGCAAAUUAAUGUAUGGUAUCUCUGCACAAAAUAUUUGUGAUACUUCUACCAGGUCAUAAAAGUUUAGGUGCUUCAUUUCUUAUAUCGUUUCCUUUUAUUAUUCCCUCCUUUAAAAAAAAAAAAAAAAAUUAAAUGCUUGUAUAUAAGUAAUUGUUUUGACGCUUUUUUAUACCUAUUUUAAAGUAGUUUAAUCAGCCAAAUGAAUGUAUAAGCAAAAGUAUCUGAAUAUUUUUUUAUGGCUUAUCUGAUGAUAAAUCAGGGUUCAUAGCGGUCCUUACAAGUGCUUAUAAGUCCUUAUAUAUGAAAAUGAAAUAUAAAGCCCUUAUAGGUGCUUUCUUUUUCUUUAAAGCCCUUAUUUUUUUUUUUUUUUUUUUU